AUGAAGCUGACUGGAGUGGCCCUGGUGUGUCUGCUGCUGGCUGCCAUGUAUCUGCAGGGCUCAGACAGCGCGAGCAUGCAUGUAUCCUCCUCCAACUGUUGCUACAAAUUACUGGAGAAAAAGAUUCCCCAGCGGCUGAUCAGGUGCUACAAAAGCACCAGCUCUUCCUGCCCCUACAAGGAUAGAGUAAUAUUCAAGAUGAAAGGGGGACAAGAGCGUUGUGCCUUGAAGACAGAGAAAUGGGUUGAGUAUUAUUUAAAGAAGGUGAAACCCUGUUGA